GAGCCCCCGCACCAGCCCCCGCACCAGGCAGAGGAGAAAGAGGUCCACAGCUAGUGUUGCCCUUGGGAAACUUGGACUCCAUCCCUUAUCCAGAAAAGUGAGAAGUCAGGAGUACCCUGAGAGUCUGCAGCCAAGUGGGAAGGGCGAGAGCCCAGGUCAGGGGCUCUGAGGGGCAAAACAAGAGGUUAAGGGGACUCUCCCAAGCAGAGGUGCUGAGGCCCUGACUCAGCGGGGCAGCAGUGGGCUGGCCAGGAGGGGUCGGAUCAAGAGGCACUGAGGACUAGGUCACUUGUGUGUGACUCUGGAGCGGCGGGUAGGUCAGGGCGCCGGCUUAGCACGCCCGACAGCACUAACACGCGGGUGCCGGGCCAAGCAAAUCUUUUGUCCUGGGCGGCGCUGAGCCAGCAGGCGCCACAGAGUAUAUACCGGGUCUCGGGUCUCGCCGCUGCCAGCGACACACCAUGGCGCAGCGCUCCGGGAAGAUCACUCUCUACGAGGGCAAGCACUUCACAGGACGGAAGCUGGAGGUCUUUGGGGACUGUGACAACUUCCAGGACCGAGGCUUUAUGAACCGAGUGAACUCCAUCCGGGUGGAGAGUGGAGCCUGGGUCUGCUUUGAUCACCCUGACUUCCGAGGCCAGCAGUUCAUCCUGGAGCACGGAGACUACCCGGAAUUCUUCCGCUGGAAUGGUCACAAUGACCACAUGGGCUCCUGUCGGCCUGUGGGCAUGCACGGAGAGCACUUCCGAAUAGAGAUCUUCGAGGGCUGCAACUUCACAGGCCAGUGCCUGGAGUUCCUGGAGGACUGCCCCUUCCUGCAGAGCCGGGGCUGGGCCAAGAGCUGUGUCAACGCUAUCAAGGUGUAUGGGGAUGGAGCGUGGGUCCUCUACGAGGAGCCCAACUACCGCGGCCGCAUGUACGUGGUGGAGAGGGGCGAGUUCCGCAGCUUCUCGGACUGGGAGGCCCACAGCGCGCGUGUGCAGUCGCUCCGGCGGGUGCUCAACUUCUUCUAGUCCCAGCCGGGUGCGCGCGGCCCGCGGAGGCAAUAAAGAUCCUGAA